GGUUCAGACAAAACCAUUAAAGCUUUAAUUAAGCAAAUAUUUUAAAAAAGAAUAAAAAUUGUGAUAAUUUUAUCUUCUCUUUUGCCGAAAACCGUGCGCAGUUACAUUCGUUAAAGUCAAAGAAUGUGAAUAAUACACAAUUUGCUGAGACAAACUUACUCUUGUUCAAUCGUGUACCGAAAGUUGUCAGUGAACAGCUAAUUGAACUUAUUCGGCGGUUGAGUGUGCGCAAUGAUUUUGGUGUAAGUCGUGCGCCCUUCUCCGAACCUGUCCGGCAGCGUCUCGAGGAGGAUGAGCAGGAGGAGCUGGCCAAUGAGCUUCUCGAUUUUGGCGAACCCUAUGCAUACUCAAUGCAUGUGAAUUAUAUUGAUUUCAGACAUUUCGAAUUGCCACAACCGAUUUAUAUCAACAUGAUACGAGAUCCGGUGGAACGUGUUAUCAGUUGGUUCUAUUAUAAGCGUGCACCUUGGACUGCUGUGCGAAUGUAUAAAUUAACUAAGCAAUUCCGCAAACCGCAAUGGUAUAAGAAAGGCUUCGAAGACUGUGCUAUGAGUGGUGAUCUCGAGUGUCGCUAUGAAGUAGACUCCAAAUUUCAAAAUUCCGUUGUCGACCAUAAGCGACAAACAUUAUUUUUUUGUGGGCAUGAUCCAAGUUGCGAACCUUUCAAUUCAAACGGGGCCUUACAAUUGGCUAUGCAGCAUGUAGAGAAUGAAUAUGCUGUGGUUGGUUCGUGGGAGGAUUUGAAUGUUACAUUAGAAGUAUUCGAGCAUUAUAUACCGAGAUUUUUCCGAGGUGCAACGCAACUGUAUUUUGAUGUUGAAAAUGGAAUGAUAUCGACACCAAUGAAUGUCAAUCCGUGGAAACCGACUAUAAGUGCUCACAUAAAGGAACUGAUUAGAAAGAACUUUACAAGAGAAUAUGAGUUUUAUAAUUUUUGCAAACAACGUCUGUAUAAGCAGUAUUAUGCGCUGAAAAAUACAACGUGAAAGCAUUCGUAUAUUAAAUACUCAAAAAUAUAUGUAUGACUAAUAUUCAAGUGAUUUCGUGGUGAUUUAAUGGUGUUCUGUUUAAGAUAAUCA